AUGACUACUCUGCCGCCAGGCUUUUUUAUUCAAACCUUGACAAAGUCUGAGUGGACAACCAACACCUGGAUCACUACGACGGCAUCUGAUGGUUCCCAGACAGUUGUCCCUGUGCUGGUAGGGUGCUCUGAGUGCGGGACUGAUGGCGGCGGCAUUGUACUUUGGAAUUUGCCACAUAUCCCGAACGUGUCCUUCAAGUUCCCCGACUUACCAAAUUUGCCUCAAUUUGCCUUGCCGUGUAUCAGGCUUCUUUUUUUCAACUUAGGGAAUUGCCCCGGCCCAGUUACAGAACCAUCUGACGAGGAUCGAGAUGGGGACGAACAUGUCAGUACUUCCAGUCCCGAUUCUACGCCAUCUAAGACUGCGGUGACUAAAUCAACCGUUUCAACUACAUCAACUCAAAGCUGCAGCAUCACUCAAACGGCUAGUAACUGUAUCGCUACGUGUAGUCCUACGAAAGCUGGAGAAAGCUCCACAAUUACAUGCUACACCACUGCGUGUCACCAGACACUAACAGGAUGCAGCGUCAGUGGCACUACUGCGACAAUCACUGAACGGAGUUGCCCUACAAGCACUGUCAAGGGACCUGAAAAACGAAAUCCUGAGAUGGAAGGUUGCCCUGUUGUUUGUCCCAACUGGGAUCUCCUCGAAGACCUGGACACAUACGAUGUUGCCGUUAACGCUGUGCCUGAUGAUGAGGUGAUUGAACCAAGACAGCUGGCAGUUGCUGGGCGUGUCUUGGUGCCUAGAGCUAACAACGGAAAAUCCAUUUCUUUCUCGAAAUGUAGUAUUGAUAAAUCCUGGCCAGAAGGCCGCAUGGUUCGGAUUCCGAGGUACUUUGGAGGCCAGUCGCUGGUAAAAUGCGAAAAAGCUGGUUUCCCUGGCAUGGAUCCGAUAAGCGUUCAAGCAUACCAGGAUAUGCCUCGGUGGUACAGCAAGACCAUAGCAGCUGCACCGGCUUGCACUCCCUAG